AUGCCAUUUGUGGAAUACAAAGAAAAUCCCAUAGAAGAAUGUGAUAUUGAAGUAGAGGAUCAAAUGAUAAUUGAUUAUGAAGAAAAUUUGGAGUUAGAUCAGUCUAAAAGGUUAAUUAUUGAUAAUUGA